AUGGUCUGGAAUGGACUGGUUGCGGUAGUAUGCUUUUUUGAUGUUUUCGUGAUCCUCUUGAAGAAAAAUAGAUACAUGUCUGGUAUGGAGCUUCUAUUGAUGACAGUAAUACUUGCAAUUGGCCGGUUCCUGUCUGGGCUGAAACUGCACAUAUGCAAACCUCUACGCCGUGCCACAUCACUAUGGAGCCCCUUAGUUGCAAUCUUAUUACUAGCUCCCUCUCUAUCAGACCGCAGUCGUCGAUACAUAUAUGGUCAUGAUGAGGAUCAAACUCACAUAGAUCCAUCGACCAGAUGGGUAGUGUUCACAACACUACUAGUGCCAGUGCUAUUGAUGUACAUGCUACGCCUAGAUGUAUUCGUGGACAUUUCUACGAGUAUGAUAAUCCAAGUGUGUGCCUUAGCGGUGUUGUCAUUUGGCAACUUCCAGAUUCCAGCAGCCGUGUUGCGUAUCGUGCUAGCAAUCUUGGGCCUUCAGCAUGUGCCUGAGUAUGGGGAAGACGACGAGAACCUCAAAGCAUCUCUCAGAAUCUUCUAUGGGAUGGUGCUUGGACAAGGAAUCUUCUAUUCUUUGGUUUGCAUGCUCGAGUUCUUUUCGUUCAUCCCUCAGAGAUACCUUGUCCACCGUGGUGGGUUUAGAGGUCAGUGUGGAGUAGAAUCUGUCAAUGUGUACUAUGCAUACGCCUUGGAGAAAUGUAUGCAGGAGGGUGUGCUUGCUCCAAAGAAGAUCAGCCUGACCAACUUUGCCAUGGAUUCUCUAAACUCGUAUUCAUCCAAGAAUCAGCUCCACGGUAUUCGUCUGAUGCACAGCUUUCUGCAAUGGCAGCCAACCAGGGCACAGCUCCUGUCAAAACUCACCACUUCCACCAAUACUGUGGCAAGAAUAAUCAGGAUGUUGGAUUGGACAAGUCCAAAGGAUACAACUAUCAGAUUAUAUGCCGCAAAGGUCACCGCUGAACUUGCGAAGGACCUCUGUGUUGUCGCCUUCCCCGGCACGAUGCAGACUGUAUCUGCACUUCUUGACGCUGAUAGCAGCCCAAAGAGAGGAAAUCCACUUCUGGACACAGAUGAUGAAAAAGAAGAAAGGCAAGAUCAAUUUCUAAAGACAGAAGAUAGCCAAGAGCAAGAACAUCAUACAGUAAGGGACGUAGCUGUUAACCAAUCGCAAAGACAAGACCCACUUCAAGACACCAAUUACCUGCUCGAGGAAACACAAACAUGCUCAACCCAAAAACCUUUGGUCGACAAAAAGAACUCUUACAUAAUCAGAUGCUGGCAGCGGAUUAAAGAAUUACGUUCACUUCCCAAGGAACAGCCGUCAACAGACCAUGAUCUUCUCCCUGCACUGGCCAUGUCAAUUAUUGAAAGUCUUGCUGGUGAUCAGGAAAACUGCGUGGAAAUAAGCAAAGCAACUAACCUCAUCCCGAAAAUCAUAGGAUUCACGAGAUUUGUACGUGCCAUGAGCACUAUGGAUACCGAGGCAGAACAAAAGGUCAUGUUGAAGUCAUCACUGAAGGUACUGCAAAGGCUCACAGGCAUUGGCGGGGAAAUCGGCAUAACACUGCGGUACAAGAUAUCAAAACAUCCCUUUCUAUUGAGAAACCUUGCAGAAAUCUUGAAAGACAACAUAACCAGCCAGGAAUCGAGAAAGUUGGUGGCCGGAAUCCUCAUGAACAUUGCCAUUGAUGGGAACACAAGGCAGGACAUAGGUCGCAUUCAACUGAUCAUCACCAGGCUGAAGCAGACAUUUCUCAAUGAAGAAAAUCCCAUGAUUGCCAAUGCUGAUCACUUGUCACGGAAGGCCGUGGGGCAAGCCCUGGCAAUGUUGACAACAGAAAGUGCCCAAAAUUGCUUGAUUGUGUUGCAGGAACCAGACUUCAUUAAGAAACUGAAACAUAUGAUCUUGAUCCAUGAUGGCAAGUACAUAUAUGCGGCAACAAGUCUGUUACGUAAUCUGUGUCUGCACUCUCGACACGAGCUCAGAGAGUCAGACUUGAAGGAGCUAUCUCAUAUAUUGCGAGAGGUGUUGGAGAAAAUAAUUGAUGUGGAAGGGGUAGAACUAGAGAUCAUCAUUGGCCUUAGUUCACUAAUUUGCAAAGAAAGACCAUUUAGCGACGACUACAAGCACUGA